GUGCUAGCAUUGCCACGAAACUGAUUGCCGCUACUAAACUGCACCUUGCCAUUGUCGCGUAGGAUUUACUCGUCAAGUACUUAAGGCGGUGAACUCCCCUCCCUCGCCAACACACUCCCUUUCUGCUCCUCACACAACACUAUACACUACUGCAAACAUGGCUGCUCGUCCCUCCAACAUCGGUAUCAAGGCCAUUGAGCUUUACUUCCCCAGCCAGUGCGUUGACCAGGCCGAACUCGAGAAGUUCGAUGGCGUCUCCCAGGGCAAAUACACCAUUGGUCUCGGCCAGACCAAGAUGUCCUUCUGCGACGACCGCGAGGACAUCUACUCCCUCGCCCUGACCACCGUCACCUCCCUCUUCAAGAAGUACAAUGUCGAUCCCAAGAGCAUUGGCCGCCUCGAAGUCGGUACCGAGACUCUGCUCGACAAGUCCAAGUCGGUCAAGUCGGUGCUCAUGCAGCUCUUCGAGGAGUCUGGCAACUACAACAUUGAGGGUGUUGACACUGUCAACGCCUGCUACGGAGGAACCAACGCGCUCUUCAACUCCGUCAACUGGAUGGAGUCCUCGGCCUGGGACGGCCGUGACGCCGUCGUGGUCGCUGGAGACAUUGCGCUGUACAAGAAGGGCAACGCUCGCCCGACUGGUGGCGCUGGAUGCGUAGCCAUGCUCAUCGGCCCCAACGCGCCCAUUGUCAUGGACGCUGGCCAGCGCGGUUCCUACAUCAGGCACGCCUACGAUUUCUACAAGCCCGACUUCACCAGCGAGUACCCUGUCGUCGACGGCCACUUCUCCGUCCGCUGCUACACCGAGGCUGUCGAUGCCUGCUACAAGGCCUACAACGAGCGCGAGAAGACCCUCAAGUCGCAACAAAAUGGAAACGGCGUAAACGGCAGCAGCGAGCUCGAGACUGCUCUCGACCGCUUCGACUACAUGGCUUUCCACGCACCUACCUGCAAGCUCGUCGCCAAGUCGUACGCGCGUCUGCUCUACAACGACUACCUCGCCAACCCCUCCAACCCCAUCUUCUCCGAGGUUCCCGCUGAGCUUCGCGACAUGGACUACGCCACCUCUGUCAGCGACAAGACCGUAGAGAAGACCUUCAUGGGUCUCGCUAAGAAGCGCUACGCGGCUCGCGUCCAGCCCAGCAUCCAGGUCCCGACCCAGUGCGGUAACAUGUACUGCGGCAGUGUCUACGGUAGCUUGUGCAGCUUGCUCGCCAACAUCAGCAGCCAGGACCUCGAGGGCAAGCGCAUUGGUAUGUUCAGCUACGGAAGUGGUCUGGCCUCAUCUUUGUUCUCCUUCACCGUCAAGGGCAGCACCGAGAACAUUGCUAAGCAGCUUGACAUCCAAAACCGUCUCGAGAAGAGGCGUGUAGUCGCCCCUGAGGUUUACGACGAGAUGUGCAACCUCCGUGAGCAGGCUCACCUCCAGAAGGACUUCACCCCCAAGGGAAGCGUUGACACCAUCGUUCCCGGCACCUACUACCUCACCGGCGUCGACGGCAUGUUCCGCCGCUCCUACGAAGUUAAGCAGUAGACGCGUUGUCUACCGCAUUAUACCCACCACAACUUCAUUUCUUCCUUCGCUUGCAUUCUGAGCAUUUGCGGGAGUCAUCUCCAUGAUUCAGCUUAGACUCAAAAGGUUGCAUUAUUUCACACUUGGCGUAUGGGACAGUGGCCCCACUUUGCCGACCGCAGGGUUGUGGGAGUCGUGGUACACGAACAUUUACGAUGGAUGAUAGGGAUGGGAAGGAUCAUACAUGUAUAUUGUCUAGAUCUGCAUGGUGGCAUGACAAGAGUCGUGCCAUCUUAAUAUUGGCUUCUGAAUGAGGCAUCGACACUGUAGAUAGACUAAUGCGAUGUUUACAACUUUACCAUGGUCCUACAGCGAGGUAAAAGUCUUAUCCAUACCGACAUCGGCGC